AUGUUCGCUAAAGCACAACGGAUGGACGCAACAGUGUCACCCGAAGACAUUCUGUCAGCCCGGAAGCGCGACGGAGAACUCGGUCGAUUCACACUCUAUCACGACUCACCGUAUCGCUACAUGUGGGACUUAUUGAUCAUGGCAAUGAUCCUUCUUGAUGUGAUUCUAACUCCAUUAUCGCUCGGGUUCAACUUCACGCCGCCCUUUAUGACUGGAUUGAAUAUCUGUGGAACAAUACUUUUCGUGAUCGACUUUAUUGUCCACUUCUUCUCGUCGUACACUGACGAGCGUGGAGAUCUCAUUUCGGGACCUAAGCGGACAGCAAUGAAUUAUUUACUUAGUGGUUGGGCGAUUCCCGAUUUCCUUAGUUGGUUCCCGUUCGAAUUGUUGGCGUCAUCAAGCAAAGGGCGAGUUCUCAGCUUUACAAAGAUUUUUCGACUGGCAAAAGUGAGCCAGUUAGCAAGAAAGUUUAACUCCGCCAAGAAGGCAGGCAUCCUGAGAUUUAUCUUACUGCUAAGUAUCGUUCUUACCAUCGUUCAUUUACUGGCGUGUUACUGGAGUUGGGUGGCCCAAGGGUGGCGUGCGCACCUACAAGACAACACCUUUGUACCCAGAUCGCUGUUCGAUGAGUACGCGCUGUGUUGGUCGUUAGUUGUUGGGUGCUUAAACGCGAGUCCUCCCCCAAUGUUCACGGCUUUAGAGCAAAUCUCCGUCGCUUGUUUUAUGUUGAUUGGCAACAUCCUCCAAGCCAGCGUCUUCGGCUCCGUUGCCGUGCUGAUAUCGUCGUUUGAUGAGGAUGAAACAGCGUACAAUAAAAAACUCAUUUCGACGUCAGAACGCUGUCGUUUUUUGGGCAUUUCGGACGAAUUAUCCAAACGUAUACGCGGCUACUAUGAGAAUCUGUGGCGAGAAACAAAGAGUGUUAACAGCGACGCAGAUUCUUUUAUCAACGAGCUGUCUCCCGCUCUGAUCUGUGAAGUGAAAUUCCAGUUAUAUCGCGAUAUGCUCAAGCAAAUCCCCUUCCUUUCGGCUAAGACUUUAGCGCCAGCAGUGAUCGAGAUGUUGAUCCUGCACUUGCGGACGGUCAUUUACAUGCAAGACGACGUGCUGAUCCGCAAAGGAGAAUUUGGCGAUUGGAUGGGCUUUAUCGGCUCCAAAGGUUCCGUCGGUGUGCUUGACCCGACGACGGACACUCGAAAGAUCAUUCGAAUUCUGCGUAAAGGCGAUUAUUUCGGAGAGAUGGCGCUACUGCAACGUGCGAAACGAUCCACAACUGCCGUUGCGUUGACGUGGGUGCAGAUCCACGUACUGUGUCGAAAUGAUCUUGACAGUGUCAAGGAACAGUACCCGACUCAGACGGAGAUUUUGGAACGAGAAAUCAACAAAUAUAUGCAGUCAAAGGUUCGCUACAAAUAG